AAAUGAAACUGUUCGUAACUCUCGUGGCUGUGGUAGCCGUGGCCGUGGCUAGCCCAGUGAGCCACAACGUGCCUGUCGUUGUUGGACCUGGAAUUAUCGAAGAGCCAUCAUCACCCGUCGGAGUUCCCCCUGCACCCAUCGUCGUUGGACCCGGUGUCAUCGAAUUCCCCGAGCUCUCCCCAGUUCCUGAGCCCAUCGUCGUCCUUCCUCCCGUCAUCGUCGGCCCCCCAGUUGUCAGCCCCCCAGUUGUCAACCCACCAGUUGUCAACCCACCCGUCAUCAUGCCCCCCGUUGAAGAGCUCCCCAUCGUCGACCCUCCCGUCGUCAUCAGCCCUCCCAUCGUUGAGCCUCCCGUAGUCGUCCUCCCCCCCGCCCCUGAACCCACCCCUGAAGCUCAACCCGAAGCCAGCAGCGCUCCCCUCGUCCAAAUCAUCCUAAACAUCAACCAGGCUCAAUCUGGCCCCGUCGCCAUCCCCCCUGGUGUUGCUAUCCUCCCCGAAAUCAUCGGACAACCCGUCCAGGUUGUGGAAGGUCCCCAGAUCGGUCACCCCGUCCACGUUGUUGAGAGCCCCGUAGUUGUCGACCCCGUGCUCGUUGUAGAUGGACCUUCUGGUCCCGUUGAGCCCAUCAUCGUGGCUCCCCCACUAAUCCCCACCCCCGUCAUCACCCUCCCCGAUAGCCUUAACUAAAUUGUAUAUAUUUGUACCUCAAAAAUAGAAAUAUGUAAUUGUAU